GCGGCCGGGAUCGCACCACUGCGCAGCCGCGAGAGGGCGGUACCACGGCGGCUGCGACAUGGGGGGGCGCGGAGGGGACGCCGGAAGUGGUGGUGGUACGGAACCGUCCGAGGGGUACUCACCGCCGGCAGCGUCCACCAGAGCGGCGGCUAGAGCCAAGGCCCGAGGGGGUGGGCGUGGCGGUCUCCGAAACGCAGCCCGCUCUGCUCCCUCUACUCGCGGAGUGGCGCCUAGUCGCUCCCCGCCGCCAGCUGCCAUGAGUGAGCGCCUCCGCCCCAGGAAAAGGAGAAGGAAUGGCAAUGAAGAAGACAACCAUCUUCCUCCCCAGACCAAAAGGAGUAGUAGAAACCCUGUCUUUCAAGAUUCCUGGGAUACAGAGACAGUACCUGUAAUGAAAAACAAUAAAGAAAACAGACUAAGAGGAAACAAAGCGUUCUGCGCGUCUUCAGGCAGUGACAGUGGUGGCAGCAGCAGUAGCAGCAGCAGCAGCAGCAGCAGCAUUAACAGCCCAGACAGGGCCAGUGGGCCAGAAGGCAGCUUAAGCCAGACCGUGGCCGGAUCCAGCCCUAACACCCCUCAGCCCGUGCCCGAGCAGUCUGCACUGUGCCAAGGCCCUUAUUUCCACAUCAACCAGACCCUGAAGGAGGCCCACUUUCACAGCCUACAGCACCGGGGACGGCCUCCGACAUGAUGUGCUGGCAGUUUCUUGCCUUCUAUGAAGGGACAGCGCUGUGCAGAUUGGAUAUUUCAACUUGCGAUUUGUUUUAAAAAAAAAAAAUUGCACACACACACAAAAAUGCCUGUUGGCUUUUCAGUCUAUAUUUGAAAUAACAGGUUAACAGGCAAUUGUUUACUUGUGGUUUUGCUGCACUAUUGCAAUUUCAAAGGGGCUUUGAAGCAAUUUUUUAUAGGAUUCUUUUGAGGGAGGGUGUCAAAUCCAUGUCAUGGUAGUGGUAUGAGGAAAUCUCAUCUGUGUGUUGAUCCAUAGUAUGCCUAAUCCAGACUGACUUCCAAAUCUGUCAAUUAGAAAUUCUUCAUGUAAAAGGGCAUUUUAAAAAUGCGGGAUCUUCAAUUUUUUAAAUUCAAUAAACUAGUAAAGAGUA